AUGGAUUUAGACGAACCGGAACCAGCCUUUGGAUCUGGUUUACCUCCCGCUUUAGUAUCUUUAACCCCAUUUUCCUACUCAGUUUCCCCCUCUCCACGCCGGCUUUCCAGCUGUUUUAUGCAGCCGAAUGUGCCCGUUAAAGCCAGAAAGCAGCUUGCUUGGGUGUCCCUCCAGGGUCGGCUUGUUGGAGCCGAGGAAGCCACCUCGGCUAAGACCGUUGAUAAAAAUGGUGUAUUGGGUCCUAAAGAAGCUGUGGCUUGGGAGCUGUUUAGCCCCAUUCAAAGGGUUCUGCUUGUGGCUGUUGUUGCGGUUGCAGCCGCGAAUUCGAAGAAAAAUAAACAGAUUUCAAAGCUGAAAAAAUCUGUUGAACUCAGGGACCAGGUGCUCUUAAGCAUGCAACAGAAACUGGACACUCUGUGUGAGCAAGUGAAUCAUUUCAAGGAUCAGCCUGAAGUUGCGUUACCAAGCAGCACCAUAGUCGACAAGACAGUGGACUAUGGUUGUAAGCUGUGUGAACAACGCAAGCAUCAAUUUUUGGUUGAUUCAGUAGAAAAAGGAUUGAAUGAGGAUGAGGUGUUCAAGUAUAAAAUCCCACUUGUGAAAGAGGCUGAACCAGAAGAGCGUCGCAUGUCUGAUUGGUCGGAUUGGGCUCCUAGUGUCACUUCUUCUGUUGAUAUCCAGGUAUUACAGAUUUAG